AGGAAGUAUUUAUUCACUACGGGGCUUCAUGGGAGGAGAAACCAAAAGUUACCAAGCACACCUUCUCUCUUGUCGCGCUGUUUGCUCUGUAAAAGUUAGCGCUCUCUCGCCGAAAUAGAAAGCUGACGAGUAGCUGACAAUGGCCGGUUUCAACAAAGGUCCUUCCUACGGCUUUUCUGCGGAAGUAAAAAACAAGAUUGCACAGAAGUAUGACCCUCAGAAGGAGGAGGAGCUUAGGGUCUGGAUUGAGGAAGUGACUAGCGCUCCCAUCGGCCCCGACUUUCAGAAAGGCCUGAAGAAUGGCGUCAUCCUGUGCGAAUUGAUCAACAAACUUCAACCAGGCUCUGUGAGAAAGAUCAACCAGUCUGCAAUGAACUGGCAUCAGCUGGAAAACCUGACUAACUUCAUCAAAGCCAUCACAGAGUAUGGCCUGAAGCCUCACGAUAUCUUCGAGGCCAACGACAUUUUCGAGAAUGGGAACAUGACGCAAGUCCAGACAACACUGCUCGCCCUUGCUAGCAUGGCUAAGACUAAAGGCUGCCACUCACGGGUGGACAUUGGGGUGAAAUACGCUGACAAGCAGCAGAGAGCCUUUGAUGAGGAGAAGAUGAAGGCAGGACAGUGUGUCAUCGGGUUGCAGAUGGGAACCAAUAAGUGUGCCAGCCAGGCAGGUAUGAAUGCAUAUGGUACCAGGAGGCACUUGUAUGAUCCCAAAUCCCACAUCCUGCCUCCUAUGGACAAUUCCACAAUCAGUCUGCAAAUGGGCACCAACAAAGGAGCCAGCCAGGCUGGAAUGACGGCCCCAGGGACCAGACGUGCCAUCUAUGACCAGAAACUGGGUACAGACAAGUGUGACAACACCACAAUGUCCCUGCAGAUGGGAUAUAACCAGGGAGCCAACCAGAGUGGCCAGAACUUUGGCCUAGGACGUCAGAUCUAUGAUGCGAAGUACUGCCCCAAGGGUGGCGAGGGCAUGAAGGAUGAGAAUGGGGCUGGCGGUGCCCAUGAAUACAUCCCAGACUACCACGAUGAGGGCUACCAGGGUUACCAAGAGGAAGAGCAGGUGUACCAAGAUGAUGGAACGGAGUACUAGAAGGAAGCAGAAAGAGGAGAGGUCGAAUAUAAAAGUGGUGAUUGGCAAACAGAAGAGAACCUCAAAGCAGGCUUUUUAUUUUCAUAUCCUGCAGGAUACCUCACCCCUCUGGGUGUUUUCCUUUUUUAGUAUUGUAUAAAAUUGUUCUCUCACCCUAUCUUUGCAAAAAUAUUGUUUGACAUAUCACAAUGAACUGUAUUUUUUUUUAUGCUUUCAUUUUAUAUUUCUGUUAAAAGCCAUGCAUUUAAAGUGCAACCACUAAUGCCAAUAUGUUGGCUCAGCAGCAAUAUUUUUUGUAUUCCAAGGAAAUCUUAAAUAUCAAAUCCCCCGCUGCACUAUUUCUUAUUGUUUUUAUAUAACAGAUUGAUUACAUUAAGUAAUAUCCCCAAGUUUUAUGUUAAGGGAAUUCUUCAGAUGUAAGAGUGAACUUUUAAGGAGUUUUUAUACCUGUGUAUCAAAUUUCCUGUUUUUUUUUCUCCCCCAAGAACCAAAAACAGCUAGGCUUGAUUUGAAUCAAUGUAUUGUUAAAAAAAGUUUAAGUAUAUAACUUUAGUUCAUGUGAAUAAGAAUGUGAAUUUGUUGUAGCUGCUUGCAUCCACUUAGUAUUUAUCCUUUUUAUCAAGGAUAGUGAGUUGUUUUGGUUAUUAGGGCGGAUAAGUGAACAAACCAUGAUCUUAACAUAAUAUUCUCUCUUCUUGCUCAUUGGAGGUUAGGUUUCCUGUUUAGCUUUUUUUUUCUUUUCUUUUUUCUUUCUUUUUUUAAAGGGAGGAAAUGUUUCCUUUGUUUGCAUAACCAGUUCAACUGGAGCCAAGCUUGUUUUCUUUGGAUUUGAGAUACUGAAAAAAGGUACUCAAAAUAUACUCAAGUGAGAUUUAACAUUCCAAGCAAGAAUACUGGAUUUUUAAACGUUAGGUUGAAUUGAAUCAUACUUAAAUGACCAAAUAUCUUACAAGCUGUUACAUCUGAUUGUGUAAGGUAAUUAUUUAUGCACAUGUGCUUUAAAUGUAGCCUAUAGUGAUUUGCAUCUGAACAAUGGGUUUUAACGAUGGUUUUCCUCCUGGAUCUUUGUCUUAAAUUUUGAUAAUGGAAAAGGUUGUUUUGAGUGGAGAAACAUGGAUUUUUUUUGUGUGUGAAUAAAGUGUAAUAAAUAUGUACAUUCAUAAUCGGA